AUGAAACAGAAUAUGGCACCCAUUGAACGAAAAAGAAAUUUGGCUGGUAAUUACUCCAUACCUGAAUCCUUGAAUAAGGAGCUACGGAAAGAGUUUGCCGAAGAUGUAUCGACUCCAAUGGAUAAAUUACAAGAUGACAUCAUUAAUCAAAACAAUUACAAUAAAAAACGAUUUCAGAGGUCUAUUGUGCUAGAUUUGGACGAGCAAAAGAGUUAUAAACAAAUUAUGAAUGAAAGAAACUUGGAAAGAGAAGAGCUCCGAGUAGAAAAGCUAAUUAAAGAAAAAGGGGAGGGAGCUACUCAAACUAUUGAAAGCACUCAAGAAAAGUUAUUACCCCGUAAAAGAAAACAGAGAUGGGAUGUAUCACCAGAAGAAUACAAGAGGCAAAAAGAGUCUGAAGAAAGUAACGAAUUGGUUAAACAUUCUACAUCUUCACUUAUUGCAGAAUUGGUACAGGGCAAAGUUCCUGUGGUUAAGGGGAUUCCAUUAACAGAUUCGAUAUUGGAAAAAAUAUUGCCACCUGGGUAUAUAAAAGUGAAUCCUCCCGCACAUUUCAAGCAAAAUGAAGAGACAUUGCCACCAGAUUUAUCUGAUGCCGUGACUACUACAUCAGAAUAUUAUUUGCCCCCGACCAAUGAAUCAGUAAGUAUUUCCACAACAGAAAUUCCAACCGAUGUACCAGGAGUAAAAGGCUUGGAAUUUUUCAAAGAGGAAGAUAUGAAGCAUUUUGGGAAGCUAGUUCAUUCAAACCCGGAAUCCUUGAAUGAUGAAGAAAAGAAAGAACUAAACGCUAUGAAACUAGUGUUGAAGAUAAAAAAUGGAUCGCCAAUCACACGUAAACGGGCUAUGAAACAAUUAACCAAUAAUGCCUUGAGAUUUGGUCCCAAAGUUUUAUUAAAUCAAAUUCUUCCUAUAUUAUUGGAGCCUAACUUAACUCCCCAGGAAAGGCAUUUGCUUAUCAAAAUGAUUGGAAGAAUUAUAUACCAAUUAGAUGAGUUAAUUCGACCAUAUACUUCAAAAGUCCUUACUGUCAUAUCGCCAUUCUUAAUAGAUGAAGACCCUACAGUUAGAUUGGAGACACGGGAAAUCAUUUCUGGUUUAACCAAAGCAGUGGGUUUAGCAAAUAUUAUAUCGACAUUAAGGCCAGACUUGGACCACGUUGACGAGUACGUCCGAAACUUGACAGCACGAAUAUUCGCCAUAGUGGCCAACACGUUAGGUUUAAAAUCAUUUUUGCCAUUCUUAAAAGCAGUCAUCAAGUCGAAAAGGAAUUGGACAGCAAGACACACCGGUAUCAAAAUAAUUCAACAAUUGUGUAUUAUGCUAGGGCAAGGAAAUGGUACCACAAUAUUGCCAUAUCUUUCAAAUAUAGUUGAAAUUUUGAAACCUCCAAUUAAUGACGAGUCCUUACAAGUUAGAACUAUAACAGCAUUAACUUUAGCUCAACUAGCUGAUAAUGUGUCACCAUAUGGCAUUGAUUCGUUUGAACCAAUAUUGGAACCAGUUUGGUUUGGAAUUAGAAAACACAGAGGGAAAGGUUUGGCUAGUUUCUUAAAAUGUAUUGGGGCCAUGAUCCCGUUGAUGUCGUAUGAUCCCAAUUACGAGGAUUACACUAAUUAUUAUACUACAGAACUUAUGCAUAUCAUAACACGUGAAUUCAAGUCUCCUGAUGAAGAUAUGAGAAAGACUAUUUUGCGUAUUAUAAUGGGGUUACCUUUGUCGAGAAAGCUUAUUCCAGGUUAUGAAAAAUCGAUUGUGAAGCCAUUUGUUAAUGCAUUUUGGAAUCGUCGUACUGCUUCAGAUUCAACGCAAAUCACGAGGCUAGUAGUGGAAGCGACCAAUCAUUUGGCUAUUAAAUUUGAUUUCCUAGACAUGUUAGAGCACAUUGUAUACUUUACAAAAGACGACAAUGAACAAUUGCGGAAAUUGGCGAUUGAAGCUGUUAAUAAAUUAAUUUCCAACAAUAGACAAGAAUUGAUAGGUAUGGAUUCCCAAUUGGAUAGAAAAUUGGUUGAUGGUGUUUUAUUUGCCUUUCAAAAGCAAACUCAACACCAAAAGAUAUACUUGACCUGUUUUGGAACAUUGGCAGAUGCUUUAAAUGUAAGAUUAAAACCUCAUUUAAAUUCAAUACUAAGUACCAUCUUGUACCGAAUGAAGAAUAAAUUGGCAGAGAUAAGACAACAAGCUUCAGAUUUGAUUGCUAUUAUAGCUCCAGUGAUUAAGCAAUGUUCAGAACAUGACGAUGAAUUGUUAAUGAAAUUGAUAUUAAUUUUGUAUGAGUCACUUGGUGAAGUCUACCCAGAAGUUUUGGGAUCAAUUCUAAAUGCAUUAUAUUCAUGUCUUGAUUCAAUUGACAAAGCAACAUUAUAUACCAUGUCAAAUCCUUCAAUCAAUCAAAUUCUACCAACAUUAACCCCAAUUUUGAAGAAUCGACACGAAAAAGUUCAAGAAGCAUGUAUUAAAUUGGUGGGAUUAAUAGCUAGAAAGAAUUCGGAAACCAUAAAUGCAAAAGAAUGGAUGCGUAUUUGUUUUGAUUUGUUGGAAAUGUUGAAGGCUCAACGUAAAAGAAUUCGAAUUGCCGCUAACAGUACAUUUGGCUAUAUUGCCAAAACUAUUGGGCCUCAAGAUGUAAUAGUUAUGCUUCUAAAUAAUUUACGUGUUCAAGAACGUCAAUUAAGAGUUUGUACAGCAGUUGCAAUGGGUAUAGUUGCUGAAACUUGUUUACCAUUUACUGUUUUGCCAGCAAUCAUGAAUGAAUACAGAAUUCCUGAAAAAAAUGUGCAAAAUGGUGUAUUAAAAGCGAUGAGUUUUAUGUUUGAAUAUUUGGAUGGGAAAAUCACAAAGGAUUAUUUGUUUGCUAUAACACCUUUGCUAGAAGAUGCAUUGACAGAUAGAGAUUUAGUACAUCGUCAAACUGCUGCAACAGUGAUUUUUCAUAUAGCAAUAAAUUGUAUUGGAUUAGCCGAUAAUGAUUAUAGUGAUGUUUUCAUUCAUUACUUGAAUUUGAUUAUGCCUAAUGUUUUUGAAACAUCACCGCACGUGAUUUCAAGGAUUUUGGAGAGUAUAGAUGCCUUAAGAUUGGUUAUUGGUAAUGGGACUUUUACAAACUACGUUUGGUCUGGAUUGUUUCACCCGGCAAGGAAAGUCAGAACACCAUACUGGAAGAUUUUCAAUAAUGCAUAUGUUCAAUGCAGUGAUGCAUUAGUUCCGUGUUAUCCAAGAAUUGAGAAUCUUCCGGAUGACAAAGAGUUAAGUUACAAAUUGGAAGAGUUGGAUUUGUUUUUAUAG